AUUGGUCGGCUGGCCGGCAAGGACGGCAAGACCAAAUUUACGAUUGAGAACGCGACGCGCACUCGCAUCAUGCUGGCGGACACUCGAAUUCAUAUUCUAGGUUCCUUCCAGAACAUUCGGGUGGCGCGUGAUGCGUUGUGUUCGCUCAUCCUCGGCUCUCCCGCCUCCAAGGUCUACUCAAAGCUUCGCUCAACGUGUGCACGCUCGAAUGACAGCUGA